AUGAUCUUAGAAGCUAGGGAUAAGCCAAUUUUAGCAAUGUUGGAGUGGAUCAGAGUUAGGCUCAUAACCAAACAAUACAAAAAACAAAAAGGUAUAGAAAAAUACACUGGAAAGGUGUGUCCUAAUAUUCAAGACAAAUUAGAGAAGUUAAAACAUGAGUCUAUACCUUUCAGUGCUACUCCAGCAGGCAACUUCAUGUAUGAGGUUGAUAAUGGUCAUAAGAGACAUGUGGUUGACUUGGCUAAGAAAGCAUGCAGUUGUAGGAUUUGGAAUUUGACAGGACUUCCUUGCAAACAUGGGAUCUCUACUAUUAUUAAGAACUUGGAGAAAGUAGAGGAAUAUGUAAAUCCUUGUUGUUGGAAAGAGACAUUUGUUGAAAUUUACAAAGAGAUAAUACAGCCAAUGCUUGGCCAGUCUGAGUGGGUUGAGACUAACCAACCUGCUUCUGUUGCUCCUCAUGUGUAUGAAUCACCUAGCAGACCACCAAAGUAA